AUGCACUACUCAAGUUGGGCGUUUUCAAAUGGUGAAGGACCCACUAUUUUAUGGAAGAAAAAUCCAUCGCUAUCAUUUGGGAGUAAUGAUUUAACCGAACUGGACAUAAUACAGCUAAACAGACUGUAUGAUUGUAAUAAUGUCCCCACACCUACAACAACAACGACAACGACCACCAGACCAACAACCACGACAACAACCACCAGACCAACAACCACAACAACUACAACAACCACCAGACCAACAACAACUACAACGACCACUAGACCAACCCCAACUACAACGACCACCAGACCAACAACAACGACUACAACCACAAGACCAACAACCACAACAACUACAACGACCACCAGACCAACAACAACAACAACGACCACUAGACCAAAGACCACUACAACAACCACCAGACCAACCACAACUACAACGACAACUAGACCAACGACAACUACAACAACCACCAGACCAAUCACAACUACAACGACCACCAGACCAACCACAACGACCACCAGACCACCCACAACUACAACGACCACCAGACCAGCAACAACGAUCACCAGACCACCUACAACUACAACAAACACGAGACCAACAACAACUACAAGGACCACCAGACCAACAACAACUUUAACGACCACAUUAGAGCCUUCACAAGGGGCCUGUGGAGACAAGUCAUUCAUCUGCAUAAAUGUGCCAUUCUACAAAGACUUUUAUUGUCAAUGGUAUUCUGAGCAAUGUCCCCGAUCAUGCGGAAAAUGCAGUGGACCUGAAGGUGAAAUGUGCUUGAAUCUGACCAACGAACCUUACACUAAUUGCGAAUGGUUGGGCAGGGCAGGAUAUUGUCAACAUGAAAAUCAAUACACUCGUUAUAAAGCCAAGAAGAAAUGUCCUCGAACAUGUUGUGAGCGGGGUGAAUUGUACAAGAAACCUAAUCCUCAAAAAGAUUAACAAGCAUUCGAAUGGUUUAU